UGACCGAUUUAAAGAAAAAAUGGAAAAAUAUAAAAGAUCACUAUAGAAAGGAAUUAAAAAAAAAUCCUGCUCCUCGAUCAGGAGAUGCCGGAUAUGUUAAUCAAUCCUCGAAUUGGCAAUACUUUUCUCAAUUGAGUUUUUUGCGAGAUGAAAUUCUACCAAAUGUUACUGAGGGUAAUUUAAGCAGCACUGAAACAAGUAAUCAGAUAAGUAAAGAUUCUAUUGCGAUAGAAGACAUCUCUGUAGAAAAUUCUCAAGAAAAUACAACCGGUCGUGAUGAAGAAGCUUCUAUUCAUCCACAACAAGCUUCUACAUCCUCACAAGGAGCUUCUAUAUCUUCAUAA